AUGGCUUCAGCACACCACAGCCGUAAGCCGUCAAGUCGAACACUUCCUCGAAGAACCACCAAAGGCCCGCUGGAUGCACCAACCGACCUUUUAUCUCUAUCUGCGACAUCCGUGACAUCUCCUCAGAACUCUACGGUACCUGGGUCGCCUGGAAAAGAAACCAAUGAGGCCAUAGCAGUAGCAACGGGUGCAGCCACCCAACGACCUGCAGCACCAAAUGUCCAGCAGGAAGCCUCUCCGGCUCCAGGCUUACCUGCAUCUGAGGAAAGGGACCUCUCAUUCCUCCUCGAUGCUUCAAUAUACCAUCCCCUUUCUCAACUCGAAGUCCCUGGCCCCUUCCGAAAACCAUUCCUCCCGCCGCCGAACGCAGAAACGCCCCUCAAAGCCUCCAUGCAGCAAUUAGAUUCGCUCCUCUCUCAAUGCGACUUUCUCCGGGCCGCCCAGCUAGCGGCUUCGAUCUUAGUUUCCGGCACCGUGCGGCCUACAGACGCAAAGUCAAUUUUCCGCUUGCUGGAGAUUAGGUAUUCGUGUCUCGAACUUUCAGGGAAUUUGCUGUUUGCUGCACAAGAGGCAAAGGCGUUGGAAGAUUUGAGUUCCGGGUUCUACUACGAUGAACCAAACCCAGAGAGGGGGGCAGAUGAUGAUCUAGUGGGCGGACAGAAAGUUCCGAGCCAUAUAAUGCCCUUCCCGCUGCGCCUGCAAGCGCUCAGGCUGCAGAGCAUCGGUUUCUCGGAUCCAAGGAGGGGCGUCUCUACACUUUACGAUGUUGGGCUAGAGUGCAGAGAACAUUUAUCUGCUCUUAGUACAUCAUCCGAGCAGAGGAGCCUGUGGACAGAGAGGCUUUGUGAAGUGUCAAUUCGGGUCGUGAACGCUUUGAUUGAGAUGGGAGAUGUCGAUUGCGCUGCCAGAACGCUUGCGGGUAUGAAACCCGCAACCGAUGAGCAUCUGGCACAUUGGACAUCCAGAAUGAUUCUGCUGAAAGUCAAGAUGGGUGACGUCGCCGGAGCCGAGAGGUUGAUUGAAUCUGGAAGCCUUGGUCCGCAGGACAAGCUUGUGCUCAAAUCUCUUCUCGCGAUUGCUGACGGUCGAUACGACGAUGCCAUGAAGGGCCUGUCCGAAAAUGGAGCGACCGCCGAUCCAGAUCUGGCAGCGCUCGUGGAACAGAACCUCGCAGUUGCGUAUCUGUAUCAGGGUGAGGUUCGGAAGUCCAGGCAGCUUCUGGAAAAGCUCGUCAAUGAUGGACAUUCUUUCCAGACACUGACAAUCAACCUUGCCACUGUCUACGAUUUGACUUCGGAUAGAUCGCGCGAAUUGAAAACCUCGAUGGUCUCGCAAAUUGCUAGUCAUCGGAGACAUCCCGACCGUAUGCGCGCGUACGUGAAUGCCGACUUCAAGCUAUAA